AUGUCGGACUACCUUCCCCAAGACGUGCUGAUCGACAUCCUCACACGACUACCCGCUGAGUCUCUGGUGCGACUCACUCCCGUGUGCAAGUCAUGGCACUCUCUCAUCACCAGCCCCAAAUUCAUCUCUCACCACCUCCAUCGAACGGCUUCUAACCCCGACAACAAUCGCCUCCUCGUUCGCUACCGCACUGAUAUACCCAAGCAAGAUCACUACUCUCUGGUACUCGACGGUAACGACUCAUUCCGUCAACUCAAAACCUUCGAUUAUCCUUUCGACUCUGUUGGUUACUCUGUCGUUGGUAGCUGUAAUGGGGUUAUUUGCCUGUCUGAUGAUCAGGAAUAUGGUUACAUGGACGAUAUGUUCCUGUGGAAUCCCUCUAUUAGGAAGUUUUUUGCUAUUCCUACAUAUAAUGUCACGUUUGAAUAG